AAGACGUCAAAAUAUUCAUAACAAAACAGCAUGGUCAGCGAUUAAUUUCAUUCUCUACGAUAUUGCAUUUUUGAACUUGUUUUAAUAUCAUUUGCAUAGGUUGCAACGAAACGAAAUGGGGAAAACACCUAAGCGAUAUUACCAAACCACCGUUGACGAGAAGCCACCGGGAAAGUUCAAACACAAACCGAUACCGGAUGAAAUUUCUCCAGAGAAAAAUGAAAACAAGAUAUCUGUUAAAAAAGAAAAGAAAAACAAGGUGCCGAAGGUAGAACCUGGACCAAAUAACAUAGAGGUGAUUGAGGUGAACGAUCAGAGAACCCAUCGGCCAAAGCGUAAAAAGCUUCAGAGGAAACUUGAAGAAAUUCCAAUAGAUCCGGAAGCAUUGAGGCGGCAUUCCCGCGGCGAUGGCAUCAAUUUGGCUGGAGUUAAAACCAGAUUCCAUCAGAUAAGUCAGAAGCGUAAAGAAAUCAACAUCGAAUUUGCCGCCGAACAAGCUGCCCGGGCGGAAGUGUUACUCGACGAGGAAGAAGGUUACAUCGAGGCCGAUGAUGACGAGACAACGUCGGAGAUUAAACAGGCCGAAAUCGUGCAAAACGUGGACAUUACCACCGCGGCAAAGCAUUUCAAUUUGCAGCUUGAUUUUGGGCCGUAUCGAAUGAGAUACACCAAGAACGGAAGUUAUCUGUUGUUAGGAGGGAGAAAAGGUCAUGUCGCAGCCUUCAAUUGGAUCAGGAAAUCGUUGCUAUGUGAGAUGAAUGUAAUGGAAUCGGUGCACGAUGUUACUUGGCUGAUGAAUCAGACAAUGUUUGCUGUUGCGCAGAAAAACUGGGUUCAUGUGUACGAUAAUAAAGGAACCGAAAUUCAUUGUAUAAAAGGAAUGAAUCGGGUUACGAAAAUGGAAUAUCUGCCCUAUCACUUCUUGCUGAAUGCAGCCAACGAAGAGGGCUUUCUUUCCUGGAUGGACGUUUCAAUCGGACAAACUGUGGCAUCGUACAAUUCUAGAAUGGGUAAAAUCAGUUUAAUGUGUCAGAAUCCUUGGAAUGCAGUAACGUGCGUAGGAAACUCCAAGGGAGUUGUCUCUAUGUGGGCACCAUCGGUACGCGAGCCUCUGGCGAAAAUGCUCUGCCAUUCAAUGCCUUUAACCGCGAUAGCUGUGGAUCCUCAGGGGGCACAACUUGCAACUGCUGGCCUCGAUCGCACAAUCAAAAUUUGGGAUAUCCGUCAGCUGGAGGGGCCAAUGGUCACAUACAAACUUCAAACUGCAGCCUCAGGUAUCGACAUUUCCCAGAGAGGGCUAAUGGCUAUAUCUAUGGGCAACAUUUGUGAAAUAUACAAAAAGCCCAACAUUUUGCAACGUGAACAUCGUCCGUAUCUCAGGCAGCGAACGGCAACAACAAUUUCAAACUUCCGGUUUUGUCCCUAUGAAGAUAUUCUUGGAAUUUCAACAUCAAACGGUUUUACAUCCAUCAUUGUUCCUGGUGCUGGCGAACCUAACUUUGACACAAUGGAAGCUAAUCCGUUCCAAACGUUGUCCCAACGCCGUGAGGAAGAGAUCCACACCCUGCUGGAAAAGAUUCCAUCUGAGUUUAUUUCACUCAAUCCAACGCAAAUUGGCGAAGUGGAUGUACCCACGAUGAAAGAUCGGCUCGAAACGAAGGCUAAGGCGCUAACGAUGAAAGUGCCCAAGAUCGAUUUCGAGCCACGGGUGAAAAACCGCAUGUCGAAAGCGAAGCGGUUUAAGAAUAAACAAAUUGUGAAGGAAACAUUGCGGAAUGAGGCAAUUCAAAACAUCAAGAAUGUUAAGGAAUCACUCAAGAGUGUUGAAUCCAUCGAAACACCAGAUUUCAUUCCUCUGGAAUCGAAGAACGUUCUGGAUCGGUUCCGUGAUAAGAAGAAACUGAAGAAACAUAAAUAGUUUUAAUUUCACUAUGUAUAAUUUGAUCAAUUU